AUGGACUUCAAAGUUAUUGAUGGUGCCCGCGCCAACGCCUCCUCGUUCUCGACAUACAAACCGUUUUUUGGAAUUCUGCAGAACAUUAAUAAUACAACAACGCAAAAUUUAAAAUCUAACGAGUUUGAUAAAAUGCUGUCAGAAGAGAUGCUUGCAAUAAAACAACUUAUAUAUGAGAAAGAGAAGACAAUUGCACCAACUCCAACCCUGCUAGUUAAGGAAAGAUGGCAAGUAAUGGAUUUGAUGUCCAAAUUAAAUAAAAUUGGAUUUUCAGAUGAAGACGAUUCUGAGCUACAUUCUUCUGCAGUCAAUACUAAUGCUACGAUUAACGACAUUUUUGACCAUAGUAAUUUAAGCAAAUCACUACAAGAUCUUGUUGACGAUAAUGGCAAUGAGGAACCAGAUUUAGACCUUGCAAAAACUGAAAAUGUACCAAAAGAAAAAGUAAUAGGUCUCAGAAGUUUAUACAAUGACAAUGACCCUCAAGAUCCGUAUAAAAAAUGUGGUUGCAAGAAAAAAAGUCCAAAAAUUGAAUGUACGAAAUCUUCUAGUACUGAAUGCACAAAAACUACAACAGAAUAUACUACAACAACCUGUCCUUUUCACACCAAUACUUUAACUGAUGAACCUUCUGAAGAACCACCUUCUACUCCCUCAUAUAUAACGACUUAUACGUACACAACAUGUUAUCCUUUAUACCCCUCCGGCAAUCCAAAUAUAUAUUAUUCACCUUAUUAUGUACCGUAUCCACUCUAUAUUGAACAACCAGAAGAAGAACCACCUCGAAGGGAAAAGAAAAUUAAAAAGAACCGUACUAAACAACCAAGAUAUCAAACAGCCAAACGCCAUAAGAAUUAUGAUUAUUACAUAGAAACCACGACAGAAAAUACGGAUGAUUAUUUAGUAAAUAAUUAUGAAGUCAUGCCGAAAGAAAAGCUUGAGAACAAUAUUAAGGGUAAUCAUAUACAAUUGAACAAUAAUGCUGAUAAAGAUGUAAACUCUCUUGAGGUAUUACUCGCAGCAGACAAUUGCAACGAUGGCGGGUGCACUAGAGGCUUGUAUGAGAAGGAAAGAGAAAUUUUCGUAAAUAGAAUUGUGAAUGAUUUGAAAAAUAACUAUGGUGAAGCUGCUAUAAAGCCAUGUUUUUGUGACGCUAGAAGAAACACUGCACACUCAAUUCAUUCUGGUUUUGUAAUGAUUCCAUGUUUAUUUUAUUUACUUGUUUAG